GGCCGCGGGCGCCGCAGGGUCGCGGGUGUCGAGGCCGCCGCAGCCGCGGCCCCUCCCUGGUUCCGCGCGGUCGCGGGCGGGCGGGCCCGGAGCGGCGCGCGGGAUGGGCAGGUGCUGCUUCUACACCGUCGGGACGCUGUCCCUGCUCCUGCUGGUGACCAGCGUCACGCUGCUGGUGGCCCGGGUCUUCCAGAAGGCCGUGGACCAGACGAUCGAGAAGAAUAUUGUGUUAAGGAAUGGUUCCGAGACUUUUGACUCCUGGAAGAAGCCCCCUCUGCCUGUGUAUGCCCAGUUCUAUUUCUUCAAUGUCACCAAUCCAGAGGAGAUCCUCAGAGGGGAGAUCCCUCGGUUAGAAGAAGUGGGGCCGUAUACCUACAGGGAACUUAGAAACAAAGCAGAUAUUCAAUUUGGAGAUAACGGAACAACGAUUUCUGCCGUUAGCAACAAGGCCUACGUUUUUGAACGAAAUCAAUCUGUUGGAGACCCUAAAGUUGACUUAAUUAGAACGUUAAACAUUCCCGCGGUGACCGCCAUGGAGUGGGCGCAGCUGCGCUUCCUGCGGGAGCUGAUCGAGGCCCUGCUCCGGGCCUACCAGCAGACGCUCUUCGUGACCCACACGGUGCACGAGCUGCUCUGGGGCUACAAGGACGAGAUCUUGUCCCUCAUCAACGUCUUCAAGCCCGAGAUCUCGCCCUAUUUUGGCCUCUACUAUGGGAAAAAUGGGACUAAUGAUGGAGACUAUGUUUUUCUAACCGGAGAAGACAAUUACCUUAACUUUUCAAAGAUUGUGGAAUGGAAUGGAAAAACGUCCCUUGACUGGUGGACAACAGACACAUGUAAUAUGAUCAAUGGAACAGAUGGAGAUUCUUUUCACCCCUUGAUAGACAAAGACGAAAUUCUUUAUGUCUUCCCAUCUGAAUUUUGCAGAUCCGUGUACAUAACUUUCAGUGACUUCGAGAGUGUGCGGGGCCUGCCUGCCCUCCGCUAUAAGGUGCCUGGAGAGAUACUAGCCAACAGCUCGGACAAUGCCGGCUUCUGUGUGCCCAAAGGAAACUGCCUGGGCUCGGGAGUUCUGAACAUCAGCAUCUGCAAGAACGGUGCACCUAUUAUUAUAUCUUUCCCACACUUCUACGAAGCGGACCAGCAGUUCGUUUCUGCCAUAGACGGCAUGCAUCCCAAUAAGGAUGAUCACGAGACAUUUGUGGACAUAAACCCUUUGACUGGAAUUAUUCUAAGAGCCGCGAAGAGGUUCCAGAUCAACGUUUACGUCAAGAAGUUAGAAGACUUUGCUGAAACGGGAAACAUUAGAACCCUGGUUUUCCCAGUGAUGUAUAUCAAUGAGAGUGUUCUCAUUGAUAAAGAGACUGCAAGUCGACUGAAGUCUGUGAUUAACACCACUUUGAUCGUCACCAACAUACCCUACAUCAUCAUGGCGCUGGGCGUGUUUUUUGGAUUGGUCUUCACCUGGCUUGCGUGCAGAGGACAGGGGUCCAUGGACGAGGGAACCGCAGACGAAAGGGCGCCCCUCAUACGAACCUAACCGCGGCCCGAGCUGGGCGGAGGAGCCGUGUGAGCUGUCCUGACCCGGACCAUCCGCGUCUACACGGGCAUGUGGCCUGUCCCGGAGAGGAGGGCGGAGACCCCGCGCUGGCGAGUGAGGAGAGCAUCCCGGCAGGAGGUUAAACGACUGACUGACUCGGUUGGCCGUUAGGCUUUAUAAAAUUGUUUGUUUUCCAUGUGUCUGGCAGGUAUUUAAUAAACUCUUGUAUAGUAAUUUUUUUUUUAAUUGGGUGCUGGUAGCUCCAGAACUGUGUGACCACUGUCGUGGUUAAAAUGUGUCUGCGUGGCUUGUUAACGUCCCUCCGUCUAACCUUCUUCAGUGUGUUUCAGUCACCAACUUUGUGCUUGAAAUAUAUAAAGACGAUUUUCUGUUGUAUUUCACCCCAAAACAGAAGGAAGGAAGAGUUCGGAACCCAGGGUAAAAUGGUAGCCUCAUAAAUACAUCCUUAAAAGGCAUCUAAUGUCCUCUUUUUAAAAAAUGGUAUAUUGUAUUUCAUGCUAAUCUUCAGUUCAUAAUUACUCCAGGAAAAUAAUUCGAUCUUUUGACUCCUUGCAAGCCCAGUGGGGAAGGGGUGUGGGGGGUGUGCUGUGGGGCGAACCCUGGGAGUUGAUUGUGAUUAAGCACCGGAGGCAUUUUUGCUCGUACUUUUGCGAAUUGAGAGGAUGUACAGAUAAUGUUGGUGUGGACAGGUACAGAUGUUUCAUGUGGUGUAGAAGUAAAUGCUAGUUAUGACAUUUGUGCGUAGUUUGGGAGGGUUUUUUGUUUUGUUUUUAGUCAAAAUGAUCUUGGUAUGGAAAGGUGCUUCGGAGAGGUGUCACCAGUAAGUGAUUUUUCCCCCAGUCACCCGCGCCAAAUAUGAUACUCUAUUAAUUACAAUAUUAUUGAGUGAUUCUUUGUAAAAUUAUUUAUGAAUAUGGGAAAUCCAUCCAUUCACAGCCCGAGUUACACACACACUUCAGGAAGUCUGACGGUGCUCACAGGAUAUUUCUUCCGGGGCAGUCUUCAUGGGAACUUUGAAAUUGUUUUUGUAAGUUGGCUUUCUGUCCCCAGAUUUGACCUCUUCCAGUGUUCUGUGGUUCACUGUCACUCAUGGAGAGAGAAAAAUGUGCCCUACACGUCCUGUGACAAUCAUCUUACUGACAGAAUGAAUGAUGGGGUUUUAAAAUAUUGUACAGAAAAGGCUUUAAAGAAAGGUCCCUAGGGACCCAGGGGGCAGGGCCACCUCUUUUCAGAAGACCCCUUGGCUUUCAGUGCAGCCUAAAUCAGAGGAUUAGGAACCACCACGUGACACAAAUUCAAGCAUAUUUAAGGGCAUUUUCUUGGUUCUCAAAGUUCACUAUUCAUUUUUGAUCGAGAAAACUGUAUAGUUAUCCAGCAGAGUGCACAGAGAAUUUCAUAACAGCUGAAUCAUCUUACAGGAUUUUCUGUCUGAAGCUGGAUUUCAGUGUAGCAAAUGAAGCGAGAAGACCAUGACUGUCACAAAUACAGCUUCUGAUCCUGUGUGGAGGUGGUAAUCCCAUUAUUUGCCCCAGUUUUUUUCUCUCUACACCAACAACACAAUAUGUGACGUGUUCCCUUCUUGGAGGGGCUAAUUGGUUAAACUCUCAACUUCUCCAUGAAUGAAGAUAGAACUUACAGAUAUCCCAAAUCACCAAAAGGGGAAAAACUAAAUUGAAAAUAUUUUGUCUUCAAUAAUGCCAAAUAUCUAGAUUUUUAAAUUUAUCGAUAUUUGACUAUAUUUUUUUGUUUAUCCACUUAUCCACAUGAAUAAAACUGAUGAACCAGUGCAUGUUUAUUGGUUCAUCCUAUUAUCAGGAUAUCUGUGAGGAGGAAAUUUCUAAAUACUAUGAAUGAUAACAGCCCAUGUACGCUUUCAGACUGACUCCCACACAGGCAAGGAGACCAAAACACAUUACCGCCUUGCAAUUCUUCAUAGUGAUUUGGCUUAACAUCCCAUGUGAUAUUAUGUCUCUGAAAAAUCUGUGGGAAGCCCAUACACUGCUGUCAGGGUUAUUGGUUGGUUAAAAAGAACAAACGUGCCUCUUGGGCUUUAGGGUGAGCAUAACAGACUUCCUCACUGAUUCUCUCGGAGCCCUUAUCCUGGAAAGGCCUCCAAAGUCUGUGAUUGUUGUUAUCACAAAAUACGUGUGUCCUGUACUAUGACACUCAGUUUAGGGAGAAACCGAACAGAGGGAGGUGACUAUGCCUCUCUCAGGGAAAUCUGAGAGUUGAACACAGGACAGGGAAUGGGCUUUGCCACUGGUAGCUCAAGGCUUUUCCUACUGGACUUAAUUUCUUUAUGUUCUGGAAAGAUCACUAAUGGUCAAGUGCAGUGAGUACUAUAGGACUAGCCCCUAUUGGGGUUUUUACUGAAGGGAGGUUGGUUUUUGUUUUUUUAUUUAAAUUGCUUGAGACACGAGUUCUGCAAAGGGUGACCUUCACGCUUGCCGUCUGAGCAUUGUUUCUGGAAGUAAUUGCUCGUGGCCAUCAAACAGAAUACUGACCAGAAUGCUCUUCCUGUAGCUGAAAUAAUUGGUUCAUUUCAUGUGAUUCUAGACUUGUUUAUUUCUACCCCUAACGCAAUGAAGUAUUUCACUAAUAAAACUGUUUCUAUGAAAUUUCA